CAUAACCGGAAGUUGUGGUUAUCGGCGGAAGUGACGGGCACGCAAAUCCUGAUCUUUGAACUUAAAGUAUAAAGACAUAUGUUGGUGGAUUUUGUAGACAUUAUCUGCUUCUUUACUCCACACUUCAUAAGUGAUUGAAGUUAUAACAGAAAAACGUGCGAAAAGUAUAGAGAAUUAACGCAAAAAAUCCAAUGAAUUCUGGUAAUCUGACGCUCGAGUUUGUGGUUGGGUUCCUUCUGGUGGCAUCAGCCUUCUCAUCACCGAUUUUCAAAAAUACAGAAGGACAAUACCGUUUCCCUCCGAGUUUCUAUGACAAAAUAUCAAAUGGAAAUGAUGACAAAAUAUCAAGUGGAGAUGAUGAGAGUAGUCACAAAAUUCUACCUUUUCCCCUAAUGAACAAUCAACCAAUCACAAACGACGGGACAGUUGUGGCUUAUACUAAUACUGAUGCUGGUGCAAAUAUCGAACUUUCAGAUAAUUCAUAUCCAGAUGUAGGAGACAAACUUCCGAUCCUCAGGAUGGGAGGAUCGGCAUCCUCGCACUUCCGCUUCUGGAAAAGUGUAUCCAAAAUGACAAUACCAACGGUAGAAUUUCUCCGAAAUUCUCUGGAACGUCUUGUUUUGAAUUACUGUCAGGACAACAAUGACGUCAUACCAGAUGAUUGCUUGGAUUUCUCGUUUAAUCUCGUUAAUAACUGGAAUGUACGAGAUUUUAUCCGAUCACCAUCAGACGAAGUCAUGACGAUCAAAAAACAGAAGAAAUUUGACAAGAAAUUACUUAUUGACGUCAUCCAAGUACUUCGUUACAAUCGGAGAAACCUGACCGACCUCCUUGCCAUUGAAAAACGACAUAUUUGUGGAAGCGAGGUCACUUGUGACGUUGACUGCACUAUGGGGAUCCUCCCUUUACUGUUCCUUGAAUGAUAUUAUUGUUCCUAACAUGGACGAGCUCAUCCUUGGUCUGGAAAAGGAGGCAAAACUGUACUUCGGUGCCAGAAUCAGUCGGCAGACGCCACAAAAGAUGAAUCCUGAGAAAGUGAAGUUUUAUUCAAAAUACAGAGUAUUUUUUACACUUGGGACUAUGUAUAACGUAAUGCUGCAAAUGUUCGAAACGGAAGCAGCUCUCAGUUACAUACUUGACCUCUCAAAGAUAACACGUCUCCAAGUUCGGUAGUUAUUUCAUACAACCACACUGCAUCUGUAGUAGAGUUUGCGAUCGAGCUAUUUGGAACAAAUCAUUUCAUGAUUAUAUUUGUAAAAUGUCCUAAGGAUGCUUUGAUUUUUGUGCAAAUAUUUAUUUAUCUAUUUAUUUUGUUGACUUGUUCAUUAUGUUUUUGUCAUUUGCUACCGUAAAACGAAGAGGAAUGGCGUAAACACAAACAAUAGAGAAUAACAGCCGGAUCGAUAUUGUAUAACAUAAACGUUUUAAGUAGGAUAUACCCCGAUAAUUACAGGGAUUUUUAUUUGUAUAACAUCAAAUUUACCUGUCUCAACAGCCUUCUAAGGCUUGUCCAAAUUCUAAAAAAAAAACAAUAUUAAGAUCCUGCUUCAGAAUCCGAUAUCUCGAGACAGUUGUAGGUAAACUAGUCGAAAGUAAACCAAGAUUAAUUAGAAUACAGUUUUUAUUAUUCUUUAUUUUGAUAUAUUGCUGAUGUUAUUUAUUGUCAAUUACUAUUGAGAUGUCUCUUAUCGUAACAGGGAUCAACGUCUCUAAGUCAUUUAUAGUUAAUAAUGUACAAGACUUAUUGUAUUUAGUGGGUUUUUUAAUUACAUUUUGUAUAUUUAUUUUAUCGUUUUAUUCGAAGAUGUUUAAUGACCUAGUUUUAUAUGGAAAACAUGCUGCUUUUCGCAUGAAUUCUUAUUGAUCAAUGUUUAUUUUCAAUUCUCAGGUUGUGUUUUAACAUUGGACUUUUGUCCUGUUUUGAGUAUUUAUGAAACAUCAAUUAUUUCUGCGUUAACCUGAUUAUUAAUGUAUUUACGUUAUACAAAUAUGUAAUUGGCACUUUAAGUUAUACACAAUUUGUUUUAUAUUAUAAUGUUUUAAAGUGACAUUAAUCUAUAUUUCAUUAUUUAAAAACAGUAAUUCAUCAAGUAUUAAACAGUAUGAUGACAAUUUAGCGAUCGCUUCAGAUAUCUAUUACAUAAUGAUGAAGCGCGAGAUUUUGAUAUAACUGAAUGACGAUUUAUAGCGAUACAUAUAUGUCAAACAUGUCGAUUUAACGCUAAGAUAUCUUUUAUUUGACGAAUUAACGCAACAUAUAUCUAAAACACGACAAAUUAGCACUACAUAUAUCUAAAACACGACAAAUUAGCACUACAUAUAUCUAAAACACGACAAAUUAGCACUACAUAUAUCUAAAACACGACAAAUUAGCACUACAUAUAUCGAUAACAUGACGAUUUCGCGCUAUGCAUAUGUAUAUCAUGACAAAUUAGCGCAAUAGUUAUACUAGUAUGUAACAUGACGAUUUCGUACUAACGAUAUUGAUAACAUGACAUUUUAGCGUUUUAGAUAUAUAUGUGCCAUGACGUUUUCGGGCUAUGUAUACAUGAAAAUUUAGCGCUACAAAUAUCAAUAAUGUGACACUUUAGUGCUAUAUAAAUAUAACAGGACGAUUUAGCUUUAUGUAAACAUGACAGUUUAGCGCUACAAAUAUCGAUAACAUGAAAAAUUAGUGAUAUAGAUAUAUAUAUAACAUGACGUUUUAGCGUUAUGCACAUGCAUAGCAUAAUUUAGCGCUACAAAUAUCGAUAAGAUGACAACUUAGCCCUAUAUAUAUAACAUGAGGAUUUAGAUGCUGAUUUAGCACUACAAAUAUCGAUAACAUGACAACUUAACACUGUAAAUAUCGAUAACAUGACGAAUUGAUACUGCAGAUAUCAAUAACAUGGCGUUAAGCGCUACAUAUAUUUAUAACAGGAUGAUUUAGCGUUAUUGAUAUAUUUAGUUAUACGAAGUGUAUAACUUUUAGGAACACAAGAAUUCCGAGAUAAGGGAUAUUUAAUGCAUUUAUUAGAAAAUUAAAAUGAUUGCGGAUAAUAUCACAAGUCGCUUCAUUGAUUUUCAUAUUGAUGUUUUUGAGAAAAUUCUAUCCAUGAAAACAAUGGUUGCUGUUUAUUGUUUUUUCUUUAAAUAUCAGGGUUUUUUUUUACCGUUUUACCCUCCUUUGAUAUUUAUAAAAGUAUUUACAACAUAUUGUUAUGUUCUGGUGCUAUAUAUAUGCAUGUACAGUUGUCGUAGAGAUACUAGAUAUGUUUACUUACGAAACCGUAUACGUUUACUUGCCAAGUGAAUGCAUAAUAUGUCAUACAUUUUUCAUGUAGUUAUUUUUAAUUUGAUCAUUGUUGUAUGUGAAUUAAAUGCUAAAAUAUACAGACCU